AUGCCGUCGGCCUCCAGCCAACGCGAUUGCAGCAGCGCUGGGCCGGGACCGAACGUUGCGGUCUGCAUCACGGGCUCCGUGCGCUCCUUCGGCCAGCGGCGUAUACACGGCGGCAUCCUGCGUCACCUGGUCCAGGCCUUUGUCGGGGGAGGCAAGCCAGCGGCUGUGUUUAUGCGCCUGAUGCUCGCUGAGGCGGCCGGAGGCUUCUACUUUCAGCCACUGACCAGAGCCGAGCCGAAUGCGACCGAAGCGAAGGCCCUAAAGCAAAAGCUCGCUCCGGCCCUCUCGUCGCUCAACCCAACGCGUCUCGAAUUCUGGAGCGACGUGGCCGACUGCUUCGACGACGUUGCGAGGCACGAGGAGGAGACGGGGCAGCGCUUUGAUUGGAUCAUUCGGCAACGUCCAGACGAUUUUUGGUUGCAAGACAUCCAGCCGUGGUGCGCCUUCUCCAACUCGACGAAUCUGCCUCGUCUGGUUGUCCAGCGCUACCUUGCGUGCCGCGGCGAGAUCCAGCGGGAGUGGGGCCAGAAUAGCGAGGAGGCAAUGCGCAACACGCUCACGGCGAUGGGCGUGCCACACAAGGGACUCCUCCUGCCACGCAUUAACGCGCGCUACCGGUUCGGCCCGCUCGUGCCCAAGUGGUGCAGUACGCGCGUCGAGGCCGGCAUUGCGGCCGACGUGGACAGUUGCAAACAGUGGAUCAGGAGCCCAGAGCGAGACCGCGCGAUAGCGAAAAUUUAG